AUGUCUCUCGAAUCGACCUCGACCCUCAAGAGCAAAAUCAGUCUGGGUCUUGGAGAGCACGCGCCUAAAUACUGGACGACUUUGCGAGAUUUCUUGACCGCCAAGAUCUCGCGUACGGAAUUUGAGGACGAAGUCAGACAAUACCUGGACACUAUCGCACUCGUACAGCUGCAUAAUAAUCUUGUUAUAUCAUUGUUCGAUCCCUCCACGCACAAAGUUGCCGCACUCACGCCGCCUCCGGAUGCAGCCGCUCAAAGUCGUGCACGUAAACGGCGCCGGCUCUUGCCAUAUCAGGGGGAGGGAGAUGAUGAUGUGAACCACCUACGCUCGGAGCGCCUUAAACAGUGGGUGGUAGGCGUCGGCAGGCGUGAACGCGAUCGUAUACGUGGUCUCGGCAAUGCAGCGCUCUCUUCAGAGCGACGACCUCGGCUGGGAGCCGAUGAGAUAGCGAGCGAACGUGCCGUCUCACUACCAACUGAGCGAAGAGAUCCAGCCGGCAGUCGACCUUCCGUGCAGUUGGCAUCCUCCGCCCGAGGAUUUACUCUCGGUCACGUCACGGAUAGGAUCAACCUCAUUUGUGCGCAACAUGACCUCGCUCAGCCUCCAUCAAGGACAGUGGCAUCCUUGAUGGCUCUUGCUUUUGAGGCAAAGUUGAAGCAAUUAAUCAUCGAGGCGCUUGCGAUGACGACCUCCUCGCAUGCUAUAAGCUCCAUCAAGCCUUCAGCACCACACUCUUCUGGAAAUAUGCUCUCGACGUCGGCCUUCGACACCUUGUUCAGUGUGGCUCCGGCCUCCCUGCCGAAUGGCUCUGCCGCUGCCACACGCCUGACGUCGGGCGAAAUCGACAACAGGGAUCACCAUAAUCCAUCGCUCUCUGAGGAGAGCAGAGAUCCCGACAAUCCGCAAUGGCAGCUCCUCGCAUUGCUUCGCGAACGUAGCGGUAUGGAGAGUCUAGAGACGCCCUGGAAGUAG